AUGGCAAGUGACAAGACAUUGUAUAAUACCCGGGCGGGUCCCAGCGAUGCUGGGGAAUCCCGUGGCCGCUCACCAAGCGGUCGGUCCUACGUAUACGGGGGGACCAUCACUGCCUCGCGGCUUCGGCCGCGCAAUAACGACUUAGGCGAACGACUAACGGACUCUGAUUUGCUAGACGACUUGGACGGUGGUGUGAACGAUGGCAAGGGCGGUGGUGCCGCCGGCAUAGCCAGGGAGAAGAGUGCAGAUGCCGUGGCGGAGAAUGCGGAGCUCCUCACGUGCUCUGGAGAAGCCCAGAGCGUUGGUAUGGAGGACUCCGACACUGAGGGGAAUGCGACGGAUAUGUCGUUUGAUUCGGUUGCAAGCAGGACAUCGCGAUCCGUCUCGCGUGCCGGCACGCGCACGGGUUCACGAACCUCAGAGAGGCUGCAUGCCGUGAAACGGGCACGGGCAAGAAACGGUGACUCGGAUGAGGCAUUGGGGAGCGCAAGCUCUGGCUCACCAGCUAGAGACCUUAAAGCGCCCUCCGUUAAGCGAGGUCGCGGCAGAUCCGUGACAACGGGAGUACGGGCUGAGCGAGCUCUCAAAAAGCAGACGGAAGCACAAGAGCGCAAAACCCUGGCGGGACUAGAGGCUGACGAGCACGCUGAGAUCUGGACCAAGAAACUGCUCCAGAUGCGUGCUCGUGUUGAAUAUGCGGCGCGGGAACGCACGACAGCAGAGCUACUGGAGUACAUCCGCUCCAGCACAGAUGCAGUCGUUGCGGCAUAUAAAAAGUGCCCGAAUAUUUCGGAGACGGUUCAGCGAGCAUUCAAGGAGUCCUCAGUGAACAUCGCUGGGGCCAUCUCGGUUCUCCUUGAUCGCUCGCCAUCGGAAGAGGUGCAGCGGCUGACAGCCGCCAACAAGAAGCUGGAACGGGAGCUGGGGGACCUGAAGAAAGAGUUCCAGGCGCUGAAGGAGUUCAACAGUAAGGUUACUCCCCCUUCCGUUCCCCCCCCGGCUCAGUCUCAACAGCCUGACCCAGAGGAGUACGCGCGGAACGUCAUGAUCCAGGUGGGGAACAUGGUCAACGCACGAAUAGAGGCGCUUGAGCCCAGACUUCUACCUGAGGAGCGCCUCCGACCCCCGCUGGCUGCGGAUCGGCGCAGGAGAAGCGCGGAGAUAGAGGUGGAAUUCCCACCUCUCCCUCCUUCAAAGAGUGUGGCAACGUCCAAACCCGCGGCACCCGGGCCUUCGGAAAAACCUGAGAAGCCGGCCAAGCAGCAUACGGCUGACAGGUCCCAGACUGCCCCGACGCCUGCAGCAAAGAAAGAGGCCAACCCUGUCUCGACUACUAGGAGAAACAAAAAGAAGAAAGGAGCCAGGCGCGCCCCUACUCCUGGGCCGCUCCCCGCUCGCGAGCCCCGCUCACUCCCGCCCCCACCCGCAACCAUGGAGGAAGGUUGGUCGACGGUGGUUAGGCGUGGAGGCGGAAAAACUCGUAAGCAGGCGAACAGGGAAAAUAACGCAACCCAACUAACUGGUUUCAAGGCAGCCUCUAAGGCGUCUCCUGACCUUCACCCACCUCGCUCCGCUGCAAUUGUUCUCACCCUGCAGCCAGGCGCUAAGGAAAGAGGUGUUAAAUAUGAAGACUUAAUCCGGGAAGCGAAAUCCCGGAUCAACAUCGAAGAGCUUGGUAUCGUCACCGGGCUCCGUUUCCGAAAGGCCAAAACCGGGGGCAAGUUAUUAGAGAUCCCCGGUGCCACUAGCGGCGACAGGGCGGACGCCCUCGCAACCAAGCUUCGCGAGGUACUCCCAGAAGAAGAUGUGCGGGUUUCCAGGCCAGUGAAAACUGUAGAAGUCCGAAUUACUGGCUUAGACGACUCCGUCACAGGUGAAGAGCUUGCGGUAGCGGUUGCCAAGGCUGGCAAUUGCGCCAUUGAGGGUGUCCGCGUCGGCCCAAUUAGAGAAAGCUUCCUCGGGAGUGGGUCAGCGACUGUUCGGGUGCCUGUGGAGGUAGCCAAACAGCUUGCGAAAGGGCGGCUCCUAGUGGGUUGGGUGUCUGCUCAAGUCAGGGUUCUGACGUCUAAACCGCAGCGGUGCUACCGCUGCCUUGUGGAAGGGCACGUCGCUGCCCAAUGUCCGUCGGAGGUGGACCGCAGUGAGCUCUGUUUCCGCUGCGGACAACCUGGGCACAAGAGCCGGGACUGCACUGCGCCUCCGCACUGUCCAUUGUGCGCAAGCGCAGGUAGACCUGCAGAACACAGGGUGGGAAACAAAAGCUGCAACCCACCUAAAGUCCAAGGGAGGACGGGCAGGCAGGGGGCUGAUGGAACACCCACCGCCACGCCCAAGCCCCAGCAGCGGGGCAGGACUGAGGUGAUGGACACAACCACUGGGUAA